AUGCUCAAUGCAUAUGCGUCAUCUGAAUCUGCGCUUCAAAUUGAAGUUAUUUCACCUGAAAUACGUGGUGUUGGUUCAAAACGAUAUGUUGAUUAUACAGUUAAAAUGAAAACAACAUUACCAAUAUUUCAUCAAACAGAAUCAAUUGUUCAUCGACGUUAUUCUGAUUUUGAAUGGUUACAUAAAGAAUUAGAACAGGCUGAUACAAAAAUAGUUGUACCAUCAUUACCUGAUAAAGCUUGGCAAAGACAAUUACCAUUUCGAAACGAUAAUGGUCUUUUUCAGGAUGAUUUCAUUGAAGAGCGACGACGAGGAUUAGAAAUAUUUAUUAAUAAAAUUGCAGCUCAUCCGCUAGCUCAAAAUGAACGUGCUUUACAUGUUUUUCUACUAGAACCGGAAAUUGAUUUAAAAAAAUAUGUACGAGGCAAAAUAAAACAUUAA